AUGAGGCUUCCCGUGGUGUUCUUUGCGUGCUGUGCUCUCUUGGCACUACUGCAUUGCGCAGAGGCGGCCAAGGCCAGGCACUUGAAAUGGGAGGUGAGCAACAUGUUCUGGUCGCCAGACUGCGAGGAGAAAGUGCUCAUCGGCAUCAACGGCCAGUUCCCCGGCCCGACGAUACGCGCCAAGGCCGGCGACACCAUCGUCGUCGAGCUCAAGAACGGACUGCACACCGAGGGCGUGGUCAUCCAUUGGCACGGCAUCAGACAGAUUGGGACGCCAUGGGCGGACGGCACAGCGGCGAUCUCCCAGUGCGCGAUCAACCCCGAAGAAACCUUCACCUAUCGAUUUGUCGUCGACAAGCCGGGGACAUACUUCUACCACGGGCACUUUGGAAUGCAGAGGGCAGCAGGGCUGUAUGGGUCCCUGAUCGUGGAUGUAGCAGAUGGGGAGGAGGAACCGUUCAAGUAUGACGGCGAGCUGAACCUGCUACUCAGCGACUGGUACCAUGAGAGCAUCUAUAACCAGAUGGUUGGCCUCUCCUCCAGCCCCAUGAGAUGGAUCGGCGAGCCGCAGUCGUUGCUGAUCAACGGUAGGGGGCAGUUCAACUGCUCGCUCGCGGCGGCGCACACGCCAGGCACCAAGCAGUGCACCGCCGGCGGCAACAAGCAUUGCGCCCCGGUGAUCCUCCCCGUCCAGCCCAACAAAACCUACAGGCUCAGGAUCGCCAGUACCACCUCGCUGGCUUCUCUCAACCUCGCAAUCGGGAAUCACAAGCUGACGGUGGUGGAGGCCGACGGCAACUACGUGGAGCCGUUCGUGGUGGACGACAUCGACAUCUACUCCGGCGACAGCUACUCCGUUCUGCUCACCACCGACCAGGACCCGUCGUCCAACUACUGGAUCAGCGUCGGCGUGCGCGGCCGGAUGCCCAAGACGGCGCCGGCGCUGGCCCUGCUGAACUACCGGUCCAACCGCGGGUUCAAGCUGCCGGCCAUCGCGCCGCCGGUGACCCCGGUGUGGAACGACACCGCGCACAGCAAGGCCUUCGCGAACAAGAUCCGCGCCCGCGCCGGCACGCCCGCGCCGCCGGCGACGUCGGACCGCCGCAUCGAGCUGCUGAACACGCAGAACAAGAUCGGCGGGCACAUCAAGUGGUCCAUCAACAACGUGUCCAUGGUGCUCCCGGCGACGCCGUACCUGGGCUCCCUCAAGAUGGGGCUGAAGACGGCGCUCGCCGCGGCGCGGCCGGCGGACACGUUCGGGCGCGCCUACGACGUGACGAAGCCGCCGCAGAACCCGAACACGACGACGGGGGACAACGUGUACGUGCUGCGGCACAACACCACCGUCGACGUGGUGCUGCAGAACGCCAACGCGCUGGCGCACAACGUCAGCGAGGUGCACCCGUGGCACCUGCACGGGCACGACUUCUGGGUGCUCGGCUACGGCGAGGGGGCGUACAAGGGGGACGCCGCCGACGCGGCGAGGCUCAACCUGGUGAACCCGCCGCUGCGGAACACGGCGGUGAUCUUCCCAUACGGGUGGACGGCGCUCCGGUUCGUGGCGGACAACCCGGGCGUGUGGGCGUUCCACUGCCACAUCGAGCCGCAUCUUCAUAUGGGCAUGGGUGUCAUCUUCGCCGAGGCCAUCGACCAGGUCGGGAAGGUGCCCAGGGAGGCCGUGUCGUGCGGCGCCACGGCCACCGCGCUCAUGAACGGCGACCACCUCUGA